AUGGGCAAGUCCAACAAUUAUUUGAAUUGCGCCAUCUGCAAAAAGAUCUGUACAACGGGAAAUCAACUGAGAAGGCACCAAAAGUCGAUUCAUGUCGGUAAAUGGACUCACGAAUGUAAUGUAUGUCUCAAAAAGUUUCAUUCCGAGUCGAGCCUUCGUCUUCAUCAGUUGAGUCAUGCAUCCACGAGAGACCAGAAAUGUCCCGAAUGCGCCAAAUGCUUCAAGUCCCUUGGUGGCGUGAGGUCCCAUCUGAAAUGCCACCACAAAGAGAGAGGUGAUUUUCUGAAUGUCUGGAAGAAGCAUAAGGAAUUUAUCCAAAAUGGGGGACCAUGCGCGUCUAAACCGAAAAUAUCAAAGUGGGCGGAGCCUAGUCGUGUUUAUACUCAUUUUGAAGCUCGCGACGAGCUGAAAGAGCAAGCUGCCGGUCCAAUCGCUCCAGAAGCUCCAGAAAAUCUAGACGCUGAUGUUCCAGAAGAGCACGCUCAAGAAGCUCCAGAAGCUCCAGACGCGCCAGCUCAAGAUCCAGAAGAGCAAGCUCUGGAACCAGAAGUUCCAGAAGAUCCAGAACUAGAAGUUCCAGAUGCUCCAGAUGCUCCAGUAGAGGUAGCUCCAGAAGCGGACCCCAUGGAAGAAGAUGAAGCUGAUCCAGAACAUCAGCAAGCUGCCGGCCCUGAAGAAGAAGAAGAAGAGGAAGAAGAGGAAGAUGAGGAUGAUGAAGAAGAAGAGGAAGAAGAGGAAGAAGAUGAGGAGGCUCCAGAAGACCUUGACGCUCCAGAAGCUCCAGAAGCUGUUCAAGCGCCACUUCGACAACCGAUUCCACCACCACGAGAAUUGGCCCAAUAUGAGUUGUUGAAAGUCAUCGGCUCUGGAACGUUUGGGACGGUCUUCCAAGCCAAACAGAUCUACUCCGAAGAUAUUUGGGCGAUCAAAGUCGUCAAAAAGCCAAGUGAGGGCCCCGAGAGCGAGUGUCUGAAGAGGGAAAUCAAGUUCCUCCAGAAAAAGUACAACUCUCCAUUUCUCUGCGAAAUGGAGGAAGUCUUCGAGAACACCGUCAAGGUAUACUUUGUGCUGGAGUUCAUGGCUGGAGGAGAUUUGUUCCAUUGGACUAGCCACGGACCACUCAGAGAGAAGAAUGUCCGAUUCUACAUGUCAGAACUGGUUCUGGCAGUUGAGUUCCUCCACAAGGAGAAAUAUAUUCAUCGGGAUAUCAAGAGGGAAAAUAUCUUUGUGCACCGAUCUGGACACAUCAAGCUGGCCGACUUCGGACUCGUCAGACGUCUGCAGAGAGGUGAAACAUUGAACAAUCUUUGCGGGACCCACUUGUCGCCGGAAAUGAAGCAAGCGCCGAUUUCUUAUGGACUCCCAGCUGAUGUUUGGGCCGUUGGAGUGGUGAUGUAUGAACUGGCGACUGGGGAAGUGGUUCAUGACAAUUCGCAGCUCAAGGAUCCACGAACCAUGAAGCUGCGGAAUGUCGGGAGGCUGAGAAAGCCUUGCAAGGACCUGUUGAAAGCCUUGCUCGCUGAGGAGCCAGAGGAGAGGCCGAAAAUCAGACACGUCAAAAGAAUGGAGUUCUUCGAAGGGCUGAAUUGGAGAACGGUGGCCGAGCAGGUUCCUCCACGGAUCCCAACGCUUGCUGACGACAACGAUCUUCGAUACUUCCCGCGAGACGAGAAAGCCAAGGAUCCGGUGGAUGAUUCAACGGACUACAUUCGAGUCGGAAAAAGAAAUUCCCUUUCCGUUUCCAUUUCCGUAUUUCGGAAAAAUGCGUUUCCUCCCAAGGUAUCAGUACCUUUAAAGGUGGGGGGACAUGAGAAAAAUAAUGUUGUCGAAAUUUCGUUUAAAUAUGCUCCUCGAGGAGUUGAACUUGUCGAGGCGAGUGUUGAAGGUGCGGCGUCACUACCGACUGAGCUACGUGUGCAAAAAGAAAGCCGCUGCCCGAAAAAGAAAGCCGCUGCCAGCUUUUUCUUGAUAUCUGCAAUCUCUGACUCAUUUUUUUUCGAAAUGUUCUUAAUAACAUUUUCCCUCACCAACUUCCCAAUCGAUAGAUUUUUUUUCAGUUGCAAUUUCAUCAAUAACUUUUCCCUCAGUCCACUUAGCUUUAAUAGAAAUUCUCUUAAUAGCUUACCCAGAUUUUACGGUAUUCUCUCGUUCUCCAUGGACCAUCAUUCUUUCGUGCAUUUCCCUGUACUUCACUUGUGUUCAGUUUCUCAUGACCAUCCUUAA